AUGGAAAACCGUACAACUGUGACAGUAUUUAUCUUAGCAGGAUUGACAGAGGACCCAAAGGUGAAGAUUGUGCUAUUCGUCUUCCUGCUUCUCACCUACUUGCUAAGAAACUCAGGCAACUUAAUUAUCAUUACCCUUACUUUGCUGGGUUCUCAUCUCAAGACCCCUAUGUAUUUCUUUCUUCAAAAAUUUUCCUUCUUAGAAAUUUCUUAUGUAACGUGUAUUUACAAAUUGCUUGUAAGCAUGGCAACCGGGGACAAAACCAUUUCCUAUAACUGUUGUGCAGCUCAGUUAUUUUUUGCCUUCCUUCUUGGAGCAUCCGAAUUUUAUCUCCUGGUUGGCAUGUCCUAUGAUCGUUAUGUUGCCAUCUGUAAGUCCCUGCAUUAUACAACCAUCAUGAGCAGCAAAAUCUGUAUCCAGCUGAUCCUAAGCUCUUGGAUCACUGGCUCCCUCAUAAUCUUUCCAGGACUCAUUUUAGUCCACAGAAGCCUGGACUUCUGUGACUCCAGUAUCAUUGAUCAUUUCUACUGUGACACUGCUCCCCUCCUGCAGAUCUCCUGCACAGAUACACAUGUGUUGGAAAUUAUAGUUUCAGCUUUGGUGACUCUGCUGGUCACCUUGGCAUUACUGAUUCUACUGUACACAUAUAGCCUGACAAUUUUAAAAAUCCCUUCUGCCAACCAGAGAAAAAAGGCUUUCUCCACUUGUUCUUCUCACAUGAUUGUCAUCUCGCUCUCAUAUGGCAGCUGCAUCUUCAUGUACAUUAAACCCUCGGUCAAACAGAGGAUAUCCUUAAUGAAGGGAGUAGCAACUCUCAAUACCUCAGUCGCAUCACUUUUGAACCCUUUUAUUUGCACUCUAAGGAACGAACAGGUGAAGCAAGCAUUUAAGAACUUGCUAAAAGAGUCCUGUCUUUAUCCAAGUAGAAUCAUAAUGAGGUUUAUAAGGAAAUUUAUAAGGCAAUUUGCAAAGGAAGUGCUUAGAUUGGGUCCCGAUGUCACUAUUGCAUCAUCCAAUAUAUAA